AUGGAUGGAUGUCGAUUACUGACUUGUAUUACGGGUGACCUGGCUGGGAAUGGAGGGGUAGUGGAUGGAAGACAGGAGACAGACACGAGACGGGAGUCGGCGACGUCGGUGGGGUGGUGGGUUACCGAGGGCUCCAGCUGUCGGCUGAUAAAGAGGCUGAGGUCUGAGGCGUUAAGCUUCACAGUGAAAGCAGAGCUUACGGGAGUGACACAGGGCAAUGGCCCUUCUCCGGCCCACACGGUCCCCAGCACAGAGCCCAGGCCAAAGCAAAGACACAUGGAUAAACAGGCCCAGAUGACACUCCACGCCUGUAAAGGCGGCUGGGCUAAGACGGCCAGGCCCCCCCCCCCGCCAGCCACCUCUCCAGCUGCCUUCCAGGCCUCCUCUCCAGCUGCCUUCCAGGCCUCCUCUCCAGCUGCCUUCCAGUACACCUCUCCAGCUACCUUCCAGGCCAUCUCUCCAGCUGCCUUCCAGGCCUCCUCUCCAGCUGCCUUCCAGGCCACCUCUAAAGCUGACUUCCAGGCCACCUCUCAAUCUGCCUUCCAGCACAUCUCUCCAGCUGCCUUCCAGGCCUCCUCUCCAGCUGCCUUCCAGGCCUCCACUCCAGCUGCCUUCCAGCACAUCUCUCCAGCUGCCUUCCAGUACACCUCUCCAGCUACCUUCCAGGCCACCUCUCCAGCUGCCUUCCAGGCCUCCACUCCAGCUGCCUUCCAGGCCACCUCUAAAGCUGACUUCCAGGCCACCUCUCCAUCUGCCUUCCAGCACAUCUCUCCAGCUGCCUUCCAGGCCUCCUCUCCAGCUGCCUUCCAGGCCUCCACUCCAGCUGCCUUCCAGGCCACCUCUAAAGCUGACUUCCAGGCCACCUCUCCAUCUGCCUUCCAGCACAUCUCUCCAGCUGCCUUCCAGUACACCUCUCCAGCUACCUUCCAGGCCACCUCUCCAGCUGCCUUCCAGGCCUCCACUCCAGCUGCCUUCCAGGCCACCUCUAAAGCUGACUUCCAGGCCACCUCUCCAUCUGCCUUCCAGCACAUCUCUCCAGCUGCCUUCCAGGCCUCCUCUCCAGUUGCCUUCCAGGCCUCUACUCCAGCUGCCUUCCAGGCCACCUCUAAAGCUGACUUCCAGGCCACCUCUCCAUCUGCCUUCCAGCACAUCUCUCCAGCUGCCUUCCAGUACACCUCUCCAGCUACCUUCCAGGCCACCUCUCCAGCGGCCUUCCAGGCCUCCACUCCAGCUGCCUUCCAGGCCACCUCUAAAGCUGACUUCCAGGCCACCUCUCCAUCUGCCUUCCAGCACAUCUCUCCAGCUGCCUUCCAGUACACCUCUCCAGCUACCUUCCAGGCCACCUCUCCAGCUGCCUUCCAGUACACCUCUCCAUCUGCCUUUCAGGCCACCUCUCCAGCUGCCUUCCAGGCCCUCUUUCCAGCUACCUUCCAGGCCUCCUCUCCAGCUGCCUUCCAGUACACCUCUCCAGCUGCCUUCCAGGCCAUCUCUUCAGCUGCUUUCCAGGCGACCUCUCCAGCUGCCUUUCAGGCCUCCUCUCCAGCUGCCUUCCAGAGGACAGCUACCUUCCAAGCCAUCUCUCCAGCUGCCUUGCAGGCCUCCUCUCCAGCUGCCUUCCAGUACACCUCUCCAGCUGCCUUCCAGGCCACCUCUAAAGCUGACUUCCAUUACACCUCUCCAACUGUCUUCCAGCACACCUCUCCAGCUGCCUCCCAGGCCAUCUCUCCAACUGACUCCCAGUACACCUCUUCAGCUUCCACUGCCUUCCAGUACACCUCUCCAGCUGCCUUCCAGUACACCUCUCCAGCUGCCUUCCAGUACACCUCUCCAGCUGCCUUCCAAUACACCUCUCCAGCUGCCUUCCAAUACACCUCUCCAGCUGCCUUCCAAUACGCCUCUCCAGCCGCCUUCCAAUACACCUCUCCAGCUGCCUUCCAAUACACCUCUCCAGCUGCCUUCCAAUACACCUCUCCAGCUGCCUUCCAAUACAUCUCUCCAGCUGCCUUCCAGUACACCUCUCCAGCUGCCUUCCAAUACAUCUCUCCAGCUGCCUUCCAAUACACCUCUCCAGCUGCCUUCCGAUACACCUCUCCAGCUGCCUUCCAAUACACCUCUCCAGCUGCCUUCCAAUACAUCUCUCCAGCUGCCUUCCAAUACGCCUCUCCAGCUGCCUUCCAAUACACCUCUCCAGCUGCUUUAAAAUACACCUCUCCAGCUGCCUUCAGAUACACCUCUCCAGCUGCCUUCCAAUACACCUCUCCAGCUGCCUUCCGAUACACCUCUCCAGCUGCCUUCCAAUACACCUCUCCAGCUGCCUUCCAGGCCACCUCGCCAGCUGCCUUCCAGGCUAUCUCUCCAUCUCAUUCCAAGUCUGUACCCCAGGAACUGUGA